UUGCACGUGGCUCCCAAUCUUUGCACUGCCUCAGUCAGAGGAGCAUUUAUUUUUAAGUCAGCUGCAUUUGUUAAGACUGUAACAACGAAAGGCAUUUCCUGAGAUUCUGCAAGGAUGAGCAGCAAGAAAGAACAGCUAAGGAAAUCCGGGACCCUGGUAGUGAUUUUUAUCUUCCAAGCUCAGAUUUUUGGGUUCGAUGUUGGCAAUCGACCUACAACAGAUCUCUGCUCGACACACACAAUCUUACCUGGACCAAAAGGGGAUGAAGGCGAAAAGGGAGAUAGAGGAGAAGUAGGCAAACAAGGAAAGCUUGGACCAAAAGGACUAAAAGGAAAUGAAGGACCUGUAGGGGAUGUUGGUGACCAGGGAAUGCUUGGGAAAAUUGGCCCAAUCGGUGGAAAGGGUGACAAAGGAGCCAAAGGCUUAUCAGGGGUUUCUGGAAAAAAGGGGAAAGCAGGGACAGUGUGUGACUGUGGGAGGUACCGCAGAGUUGUCGGACAGCUGAAUCUCAACGUCGCUCGUCUCAACGCCUCCAUCAAAUUCGUCAAGAAUGUUAUAGCAGGUAUCAGAGAGACAGAUGAGAAAUUCUAUUACAUUGUGAAAGAAGAGAAGAAUUACAGAGAAGCCUUGCUUCACUGCAGGGACAGAGGAGGAACACUGGCCAUGCCUAAAGACGAGGCGACCAACACCCUGCUUGCUGACUACAUCUCCAGCAGUGGCCUCUUCCGAGCCUUCAUUGGGCUGAAUGACAUGGAAAAAGAAGGACAGUUUGUGUAUGCAGACAACAGCCCACUGCAGAACUACAGCCACUGGAAGGCAGGGGAGCCUCACGACCCAGCUGGCCGCGAGGACUGUGUGGAGAUGCUCAGCACAGGAGAGUGGAAUGACUCUGAGUGCCAGGUCACCAUCUACUUUGUCUGUGAAUUCCUGAAGAGGAGGAAAUGAAAGCCCUGCAGAGUGUGCCUGGCACCUCCUGUACAUACCAUAAUCCCUCUUCAUUCAUGCACCAAAGGGAGAGCAGACAACCAGGGACAGGGCUCAAUCCUGCCUUCACCUCACUGGGUU